AUGCCACUGAACCUCCUGCUGUUCGGCGCCCCUGGAUGCGGCAAAGGGUCUGCGGGUGAAGCGCUUGUCAAAGACUACAGUCUGCUUCACAUCAGCGCCGGCAGCCUCAUGAGGGAUGAGGUGGAGAAAGGAACUAAGAUUGGACGACAAGUGGCGGCGUACAUGAGCGAAGGAAGGCUCAUCCCGGAUGAAGUCAUUGUAAAGGUGAUGGCAGAACGGCUCAGCGAAAGAGACGCCAGGGCAAAAGGUGUCCUCCUAGAUGGCUACCCGCGCACUCUUAGCCAAGCCAAGGCACUCGCUGCAACUGGCUUUGAGAUCGACGCAAUGGUGUUCAUUAGCGUGGACGCCCAGAUGCUAGAGGAACGUUGCCUGUUGCGCCGAUUAGACCCCGUUACGGGGCGUAUUUACAACUUGAAAAGCGACCCUCCACCGGAUGAGAUUAUGAGCCGCCUUCUGAUCCGAUCUGACGAUACACGCGAAAAGCACCAGCGGCGGAUGAAAAUUUACCGAGCUGAGAGGACAGCCCUUCUUGAGUACUACGCGGGGCGGAUAUUGGAGGUGGAUGGCAAUCCUCCAUUUCCUGUUGUGUAUGCAUCGAUGCGGGUCAAAAUUGAUGCGCUUGCCAGGGCCAAGCGGAAAAGUAAGUUGUGA